AUGUAUACCAAUCUCCUCCUCAUCACCGCAUUCGCAACAUCAGCUCUCGCGGUCUCGGUCCCGGGCGCAGUAAGUUCUUCAAGUUUCAUUCCGGAUGUGCAGUGGAAGGUUUCGGGGUUUACGAGACCAUGUACCGCCACAAUCUGCACAUACAACUUCACUAUCAGUGUGAUCCCCAGCAGUGGUCCCAUAGUCAAUAUCCCCUGCCUCUACAACGACUCCUCCAGCACACCCCCCACAUCCUCCACCCCCCAAACACACUCCUACUCUGCGCUCUCCUGCAGCAGCAGCCUCGUCGAUGGCAAACCGGUCCCCAGCCCUUGGCAGGUAAAUUGGGGAUAUAAUCCCAAUGGAGAUUUUGCGGUCAUGACGAUUGUGGAUACCGAGAAGGGGAAUGAUGCGUUUUUCGGCUGGAACCAAAUAACCAGCACCAGCACCACCACCUUCGAAGACAAAGGACCCAACACCGUUUACAAACUCGGUACAUUUACCUAAACCAUAUGGAUAUUUCGAUUUCCAUCCCAGAUUUCCAUUCCGGAUUUCCAACCCAUUCCAAAUUUCAACCCCAUUCCGGAUUUCCAACCCAUUCCAAAUUUCAACCCCAUUCCAAAUUUCCAACCCAUUCCAAAUUAUUUUUUUCAUCUCCAGGAACCGAUUAUCGACAACUUCCCCUUUUCAACCUUCAACCCUCAACCUCCCAUUUCCCUCCCUCCUCGCCCACUUACCACGUACUCGAGAGACCCAGCCAGAAAGAACUUGGCUCUGCUUCCUUCCUUCCUUCCUUCCUUC